AUGUCGAAUUUGUUCGGUUUGGUUCCGAAGCCAGAACCUUCAGAAUCCACUUUUGCUCAAUGGGCGAAUGUUUCGGGAAAUGCCGCACCAGUCGAGUCCAUGCACACUGAUUUGCUAUGCGCCGCUAGUCCAUAUUUGGAUAAUUACCAAACAAACAAUGCAUCUGCUCUGGAAUCACGAGCUCAUCAGAUGUUCGCUUCUGAAGGAACCUCUAGAGCUAUGAAACGACCGUGGAAUCAUCAGACUACGGCGCAAGGUCCAAUGAUUCUCCCGAAGCAAGAGGAAGGUGUCGAGAAAAAAGAAAAAUUAGGUGAAGUUCCAUGCCAGAUCUGUGGAAAACAUAUAACAAUGCGACGUUGUAAUCUUCGACAUCAUGCUGCUGUCGUUCAUUCUGGCAUUGAAAGAACCCCGGCCGAAGCGCAACGAAUCGAAAAAUUGACGGAAGAAUGUUUCCGAGAAUACAAAACACCACGCCAUAAUGAGGAACCAAAUGAUGAGCUGACGAGAACUUUGGAAUGUCUAGCCAGUGGCGCCAAUAAUGUUGUGCAACCGGAACAAGUCCGAACUGAGGAACUUGAAAAUUCACCGCAAUGA